AUGGACAACCUCUUUGACAUUGCCGCGCAAGAACGGCGCUUCGCCCAGCGCCACGCCCCCUCCUCCUCCUCCUCUUCCUCCGCGCCUCCCACCCUCCCCGCGCUCACCACCAUCCGCGCCGCCGAGGCCUCUCUCCCGAACCCCUCAUCACCGUCCUACCUCGCCGGCGCCACGCCCUCGGCCGUCGCCUCCCACAUUGCCCGCGACAUUGCCCCCGCGCUGACUGGUCAAAACGCGUCCUCGCGCUACCUGGGCUUCGUCACCGGCGGCACCCUCCCGCUCGCCGAGUGGGCCGACAAUGUCGUCUCGGCGCUCGACCAAAACGUGCAGGUGCACCUGCCGACGCAGACAGUCGCCACGGCCGUCGAGGAUGCCGCGCUCGAGAUGCUCGCGCGCGUGCUGCGGCUGCCGGACACCUGGCGCGGUCGCACGCUCACCACCGGCGCCACGGCUAGCAACAUUCUUGGGUUGGCGUGCGGCCGCGAGCACGUCAUCGGGAAGAAGCUUGCGGCGGGGGCCGGCGAUGAACAGGAGGAGGAAAGAAGAAGAAGAAUCGCGGCGGUGGGGGAGAUGGGGCUGCUGGCGGCGGCGAGGGCGGCGGGCGUAGACGAGAUUCAGGUGCUGACGAGCAUGGGCCACAGCUCGCUCGGCAAGGCGGCGAGCGUCGUGGGGUUGGGCCGGCGAGCCGUCAAGGAGCUGCGGCUGUCUGAGGCGGAGCCGUGGCGGUUCGACAUUGACGCGGCAGAGGCGGCGAUGCAGAGGCCCGGCGUGGCCACGAUCCUGGGCAUCAGCGCGGGGGAGGUCAACACGGGCCGGUACGCGCUGCAGGGCAUCGACGAGUGGAAGCGGGUGAGGGCGCUGGCGGACCGAUACGGUGCCUGGAUUCACGUGGAUGGAGCAUUCGGCGUGUUUGCGCGUGCGUUGGAGCAGACGGACCAGUACAAGGUCCUGCAUCAACGCCUCGACGGCAUCGAGCUCGCCGACAGCAUCACCAUUGACGGGCAUAAACUUCUCAACGUGCCCUACGACUGCGGCAUGUUCUUCUGCAAGUCCUCCACCAUUAUGCAAUCCGUCUUUACCAAUCCCGGCGCCUCAUAUCUAUCCUCCAGCGCCACUAUCACUACUAGUGAUGAUAUCCCGUCACCCCUCAACAUCGGUCUCGAAAACUCGCGCCGCUUCCGCGCGCUCCCCGUCUACGCGGUGCUCCUCUCCGAGGGCCGCCCGGGCCUCGCCGCGCUGCUCGGCGCCAUGACGCAGCUAUCCCGCGCCAUUGCCGCGUUUCUGCGCGACUCCCCCGACUAUGAGCUGCUGCCGGAGGAAAAUGAUGGCGCCGCCAACGACGCAAAAGAAGAAGAAGAGGAAAUUUUCAUAUCGGUGCUGUUUCGGGCAACAAACGCGGCGCUCAACGAGACGCUGGUGGCGAGGAUAAACGACACGCGGCAGCUGUACGUCAGCGGGACGACGUGGAGGGGUCGAAAGGCGGUGCGUAUUGCCGUGUCCAACUGGCGCGUCAACGCGGAGAGGGAUGCGGCGGUCGUGCGGGAGAUUUUGACGUGUGUCGCCCAAGGUCGGGAGUUUGAUCUCAGUAAUUGCCAAGGAUAUACCAAGGAGAGGCAGAACGAGCACAAUGUGGAAAUGGUGAGAAUCGAGAAAAAAUCGGGUUGA